GGGCGUUGGGGCUGCAGCGCAGCUUUGACACUCGUGAACACAGCAGUCUGAAUCGAGGACAUGGGACCCUGAAAGUAUGGCGGAUGCCGAGGAGCCGGAGAAGAAAAGAAGGCGAAUAGAGGACCUAACUGAGAAAAUGGCUGUAGAUGGCGGACACAAGGAUGGUGGCUGCGAUUGGGAUGGUCGUUGGAAUCAUGUGAAGAAGUUUUUGGAGAGACCUGGCCCAUUUACGCAUCCUGACUUUGAGCCAAGCACUGAGUCCCUACAGUUUUUGUUGGAAACAUGCAAGAUUCUGGUCAUUGGAGCAGGAGGGCUUGGCUGUGAGCUGCUGAAAAAUCUGGCCUUAUCUGGGUUUCGCCUCAUUCAUGUGGUUGAUAUGGAUACUAUUGAUCUGUCCAACCUCAACAGGCAGUUUCUUUUCAGACCCAAAGAUGUUGGACGACCAAAGGCAGAUGUUGCUGCUGACUUUAUUAACAGCCGUGUCCCAGGAUGUAAAGUGGUGCCUCACUUUAAAAAGAUCCAAGACUUUGAUGAGUCUUUCUACAGACAGUUCCACAUUAUCGUCUGUGGACUGGACUCCAUCAUUGCCAGACGCUGGAUGAAUGGGAUGCUGAUCUCCCUCCUGAGCUAUGAAGAUGGAGUCCUGGAUCCCAGCUCCAUCAUCCCGCUCAUUGAUGGAGGGACAGAGGGCUUUAAAGGAAAUGCUCGUGUCAUUCUGCCAGGCAUGACUGCAUGUAUUGACUGCACUCUGGAGCUGUAUCCGCCACAGAUUAAUUUCCCCAUGUGCACCAUUGCGUCAAUGCCAAGGCUACCAGAGCACUGCGUUGAAUAUGCCAGAAUCUUGCAGUGGCCCAAAGAAAAGCCAUUUGGAGAUACAAGCUUAGAUGGGGACAAUCCAGAGCACAUCCAGUGGGUGUUUGAAAGAGCCAAAGAAAGAGCUGCAGAGUUUAACAUUACAGGAGUGACAUACAGACUGACUCAAGGAGUUGUGAAGAGGAUCAUUCCUGCUGUGGCAUCAACUAAUGCUGUUAUUGCUGCUGCCUGUGCAACAGAAGUUUUUAAGAUUGCUACAAGUGCUUAUAUCCCUUUGAAUAAUUACAUGGUCUUUAAUGAUGUGGAUGGACUGUACACCUACACAUUUGAAGCUGAGCGAAAGGAAAAUUGCACAGCAUGCAGCCAGGUACCUCAAGAUCUCCAGUUCCCUCCUUCUGCCAAAUUACAGGAGGUUUUAGAGUACCUGACAGAGAAUGCCUCUUUACAAAUGAAAUCCCCAGCUAUCACCACAACUCUGGAAGGAAAGAAUAAGACUCUGUAUUUGCAGUCUGUUAAAUCCAUUGAAGAACGAACCAGGCCAAACCUCUGCAAAACUUUAAAAGAGCUGGGCUUGUCAGAUGGACAGGAACUGGCUGUAGCUGAUGUCACCACACCCCAGACGGUCCUCUUCAAGCUCAAUUUUACUGCUUGAACCUCCAUUACUACAAACGGCACUGAUGCAACUGAAUGCAAACUGGUUUCAUGACAAGGUUACUGGGACUUUUCACACAUUUGAUAUAAUGUAAAUAUGAUCAGCAAGUUCUCACUUGUCAGAUAGUAUGGAUGUUAUAUGAAUAUGCUCAUUUAAUACCAUUGUUUUUUUCUGUUAGUAAUGUUUACUUCUUUGUGAAUUUGUCCUGUGUUGGCCUAUGCUGUAGCUAUGUCCCCUUCAACUAAAUAAGAAUAAUGAUGUGCACUAUACUCUAAUAAAGUUUUAUUAUC